GCUACAUUAGCUUAGUAACGGAAGAGAAGUGUCAGCGCUCUGAACCGGGACGAGGAGAAGCCAGUCUGCGGUUAUGGCUGCCCUCGGUAACUCGGCGGCCUCUUCCAGUCCCAUGGUGAUCCUGGCGCCCAAGACAAAAACGAAAAAGAAGCACUUCGUACAGCAGAAGGUGAAGGUGUUCCGAGCCAGCGACCCCGUCCUGAGCGUCUUCAUGUGGGGCGUCAAUCACUCGAUCAAUGAUCUCAACCAGGUGCCUGUUCCUGUCAUGCUGCUUCCCGAUGACUUCAAAGCCAACACCAAGAUCAAAGUCAACAACCACCUCUUCAACAAAGAAAAUCUUCCAGGACAUUUCAAGUUCAAAGAAUACUGUCCUCAAGUCUUCCGAAAUCUAAGAGAACGCUUUGGGAUCGAGGAUCUGGACUAUCAGGUGUCAUUAACCCGCAGCUCCCCAAUGAGGAGCGCAGACGACCAGGGAGACUGUCUGCUGCUCAACUCGUACGACCGCACGCUGGUCAUCAAACAGAUCUCCAGCGAGGACGUCGCGGACAUGCACAGCAUCCUGUCUGAGUAUCACCAGCACAUCGUGAAGUGUCACGGCAGCACCCUGCUGCCUCAGUUCCUCGGUAUGUACCGGGUGAGCGUAGACAACGAGGAGACCUACCUGAUCGUGAUGAGGAACAUGUUCAGCCACAGACUGCUCGUGCACAGGAAGUACGACCUGAAGGGCUCUCUGGUGGCGCGUGAAGCAAGUGACAAAGAAAGGGGAAAAGAGCUUCCUACCUUCAAGGACAUGGACUUCAGGAACAACAUGCAGAAGGUGUACGUCACCGACGAGCAGAAGGAGAAGUUCAUGGAGAAGCUCAACAGAGACGUGGAGUUCCUGGUGAAGCUGAAGAUCAUGGACUACAGCCUGCUGCUCGGCAUCCACGACGUAGGUCGAGCGGAACGAGACGACGAAGAAGGAGAGGAGGUUUCCAACGAGGAAGACCCCGAGGCGGAGAACGGCCUGGCGGCGGGCGCGACGGCGGGCUCCUACGGCACGUCUCCGGAGGGAAUAGCCGGCUACAUGUCGGCCUGCAAACCUCUGGGACCCGGGGAGUUUGACCCCUACGUGGACGUGUACGCGGUCAGCAGCUGUGCAGGAGCCCCUCAGAGGGAGGUCUAUUUCAUGGGUCUGAUUGACGUACUUACUCAGUACGACACCAAGAAGAAAGCCGCUCACGCUGCAAAAACUGUCAAACACGGGGCGGGUGCUGAGAUCUCCACGGUCCACCCCGAGCAGUACGCCAAACGAUUUCGCGACUUCAUCUCAAACAUUUUUGCGUAAUGAACUCUACUGUAAGUCGACACAACUGACGGCUCAAAGUCGAUUUUAUGACCAAACGUAGUCUGCACACACAGAUCAUCAUGUGCGUGAUCUGAGGGCGACACGACUUGUAGCAAUAUGACGUACUUGUACUUCUGAUGCCUAUAUUUAUUUUUAAGAUUAAAGAAGCAUUUGUAACGGGGAUGAAGGGCUCGUCCAGGCUGACUCCGGAGCAGCAGGAGGGUUCAUGCAGACAAACUGCUGCUGAUCACAGAUCUUCAGUGUGAGAUCAAAUAUCUCUCUCUCGUCUGGUUCUCCGGGCGAGGAAUGAACUUUAAGAGUUUGACUUUUUUAGAAGUGUGUUUAUUUGUUUUCUUGCCAAAAGUAAGAAGAGAGGAUACAAACUCUGCUGUGUGUGUGUGUGAGUGAGAGAGAGAGAGAGAGAAUGUGUGUUAAAGGUUUCCUUCAGAGUGCGUGGUUUCUGGGAGUAGUCUCCGGAUUAUUUUUUGUAGAAUCUGGAUCUACACAUACACAAUCCUGUUUAUGAUGUCACACUAUUCCUUUGAUCUAUGCAUGGAGAUAACAUGCCAAAUGUGCCAAAAACAAAAACAUUUAGAAGACUGCGAGCCUGUGAAUAUGUGUGUUAAUCACGUUCAUCAAAAUGCCUCUAAACCAAUGAGAUGAUGGGGUUUGUCCUCAUACUAAACCUUUAAACUUUGAUAUGCUUCCAGUAAAAAUCAAACAGUAUCGAUACCUGCAACACAAAGACAUUCAGGGCGCCCCAAAUUUAAAAAAAAAAAACAUCUUGAUUUUAAUGACUUAAAAUUGCAGUAGCGUCUAAAAUUGCAGAAAUACGUUGGCAACUUCUGUCUGCUCUCUUUCUCUCUCGGUAGCAAAAAGCAUUAAUAAUAUUGACACCUUAACGUUGUUCAUCGACUGUGAAUCUGCACAUUAAUAAUGUAAAAACUUGAUAAUUGUUUUUGAACGUAUCUGGAAAUAGCAAAUAUUUUGAUUCUCUGCUUGAAAAUAGAAAAUCACUUUUUCGAUUAUCUGACAUUCCUUCCCCCUUUAAAUAUUAUUUUGAUUUUGCCUUUUUUGACACAAGCACUGUUGUCCAUCUGAACGCAGAUAUCAUGAAGCGUUCUGUUCGGCCUUCUCUCAGUGCGCUCGUUCACAAACAUAAACACCAGGAGACAGGUAGCAUAUGUUCGCUUAAACACUGAAACAGGAGAAAUGGUUAGCUUGGCUCUGUCCAAAACAGUAAAAAUAAAAUGUCUUCUAGCACUUCUAAAUGAAUAUAAUUUAUCUGACUUAACCUAGCUGUACAAAAACACUAAAAUGUCAAACAGAGUCAGGCUAGCUGUUUAGCUCGUAUCAGUGAUGACCUUUUUCUUCUUUUAUUGGCAAGAAAACAAAUAAACUUUACUUAUAAAUAAACUACUGUUCCUCA